UCAAUAUUCUUAAAGUUGAGUGUUCUUGAUUGGGAGUAGGUAGGAUUGAAGCAUUUGGGCUCUGGGUUUUCUUGGAGCUAUGGAAACAGAGCAAUCGCUGGGGAGCUCUCUCCCUGUUCCUUGUGUUCAGGAGUUGGCAAAGGAGACGAUGGCGACAGUGCCGCCGCGGUAUGUGCGUCCCGAUCAGGACCCUCCAAACAUAUCCGACACCACUUGUUUACCCCAAGUCCCAGUCAUCGACAUGCAGAAGCUUUUCUCCCCUGAAUUUAUGGACUCUGAGUUGGAGAAGAUGCACUGCGCAUGCAAAGAAUGGGGUUUCUUCCAGUUAAUAAAUCAUGGGGUGAAAGCUUCAUUGUUGGAGAAGGUGAAAUUAGAAAUUCAAGAAUUUUUCAAGCUGCCGAUGGAAGAAAAGAAGACAUACUGGCAAGAACCAGGACAUUUGGAGGGUUUUGGACAGGCCUUUGUUGUGUCCGAGGAGCAAAAGCUUGAUUGGGGAGACAUGUUCUACAUGGUCACUCUCCCAACCUCUUUGAGGAAGCCCCAUUUGUUCCCAAAGCUCCCCCUUCCAUUUAGAGAUAACUUAGAAGCUUACUCAGCAGAGCUUAAAAGCCUUGCCAUGAAAAUCAUUGAAUUUAUGGCGAAAGCUCUUAGAAUGGACUAUAAUGACAUGAAGAACCUGUUUGAAGAUGGGAAGCAGGCAUUUAGGAUGAACUACUACCCUCCAUGUCCACAACCAGACCUUGUGAUUGGCCUCAACCCUCACUCUGAUUCUGUCGGCCUAACAAUCCUCCUCCAACUCAAUGAAAUGGAAGGCCUCCAAAUAAGAAAAGAUGGGAUGUGGAUUCCUGUUAAACCCCUCCCUAAUGCUUUUAUUGUCAACAUUGGAGACAUUUUGGAGAUUGUGACCAAUGGAAUAUACCGUAGCAUUGAGCAUCGGGCUACUGUUAACUCAGUAAAGGAAAGGCUCUCCAUGGCUACAUUUUACAACCCCAGACUGGAAGGAGAUAUGGGUCCAGCACCAAGCCUUAUUACUCCAGAAUCACCGGCAUUGUUCAAAAGAAUAGGAGUUGCAGAUUACUUCAAGGGACUUUUCUCUCGUAAACUUGAUGGGAAAUCAUACAUUGAUGUCAUGAGGAUCCAACAUGAGGAACAGAAAGGUUCUUGAGACUUAAAUCUUUCAUAUUGAAAAACUCAUUGACUACAAUAAAUACCAUGAAAGCUUUUGUGUAA